AAAUCUCAACCGAAGUUGUCAAAAAAAAAACAAGGCAGAGGCAGCCAUGGGAGAAAAGAGGAGAUCUAGUUCGAAAACCCUAGCUAAGAACAAGAAGAGGAAAGGUCCUCAUUUACCUAAUUCGAUUCUCAAGACUAUUGCCAAUGAGAAACGUCCUUUGAACUCCGACGAAGAAGACGAUGAGAUCCAUUCCGAUGAUGAGAACGUCGAUAUGUAUGAGUACGAAGAAGCUGAGCCUGAGGAAGAGUCCAAGAAAAACAAUCGCUAUGACCGUGUCGAUAACUACGAAUACGAGCUUCCCGAGGACUUCGAGGUUUUAUUCUUUUUUUUCUCAUCGCCGCCGCCACUGUAUGGAUUGCAAGUUUUGAACUUUAAGUCAGAUGAUGAUGACGAUGGUGGUAACAGCGACAAUGAGGAUGGUGCAGGUGAUGAUGAUAGACACACUCGUAUGUUGCAAGACCUCACUGGAAUGCCAAGUGCAGCCUUUCAAGGAGAGAGUAAGAGAAGACCUGUACUCUUUACUGAAGCGUAUCCAGAGUCUGAAUUCAAUCCUACCCGUGAUGUUCUGGAGGGUAAAGGCCUCAUUUCAGUUGAGGACCUUUUGGCGCCUCUUGAAGGAAAACCUGGGUUUAAUGAUCUUAAGAAGAGGAUCAACCGGAUGCAGAAAGAUACUCAGUCUGUUGUUCAUGCUCCUCUGCCAAAGCCAGAACGAGAAAGACUGGAACGGAAAGCUGUGAAAGGACUAGUUGAGAAAGAGUUUAAUAAGUGGGUGCAUCUGGUCAAGAGGAAUCGGGAGGCACCAACUGUUUACUUCAACCAAACUGUCAGUGUUGGGUACUCUACAGUUGGCGCAAUAGCAUCAGAGUUUCAACCCAGGACUGAAUUUGAGAAGAAAAUGGCUUCUGUACUCAAUGAUAACGAGCUUGGGGAGGCUCACAAAGAUGAUGGCGCUAAGCUUCUUGAAUUGAACGAGGUGUCAAUGGAAGACCACAUCAAGUACCGUGACCACAUUGCCAAGAUGCGGAGCCUGCUCUUCCGCCAUGAACUAAAAAGUAAACGAAUCAAGAAGAUUAAGUCUAAAACUUAUCAUCGCCUUAAAGGCAAAGACCUGAAGAAGUCGGCGAUGGGAGCAUUAAUGGACCUAGAAAUGGCUAAAGAAGAGGCUAUUAAGCAGGAGACUAGACGAGUAGAGGAACGGAUGACGUUGAAGCACAAAAACACAGGAAAAUGGGCCAAACGCAUGUUAAGCCGUGGACUGAAUGAGAGAUAUGAUGGAACUCGGGCAGCUAUAUCUGAACAACUUCAGAUUAAUGCCACUUUGUCACGAAAGAUGAACUCCACGAACGAUGGAAGUAGCAGUGAUGAGAGCGACGAUGAGGAAGAGUUGAGUUGUGGUUCAGAUCUGGAUACUCCUUCUAAAUUGAUAGCAAAAGCGAGGGAGAAGACACUGAAAACUGUGGAAGAUGAUGAAGUACCCAAUUCUGGUCUUCUUUCAUUACCUUUCAUGGCUCGUGCUAUGAAAAAGAAAAACGAGGAAGUUAAUGAAGAAGCUAAACGUGCAUUUGAGGAGUAUGAAGAGUUGGAGAAUUCUGGUGGAGCAGAAAAUCCUAGAAAAUCCGCAGAUGUUAGUGGUAGAAGAGUAUUUGGUGCCACCUCUAAAGUCGAAGCUCCAAAAGAGUCUAAAAAGGACUCGGACAACUUUUAUGACAACAGUGAUAGUGACAAUGAUAUGGAAGGCAUAGAAAAUAAUGACCUUGGGGGUAUUGGAGAUACUGCUUCACCUGCUAGAAACACUGGAGCCAUAACAGAGGCUGAGAAGCUCGAUGAUGAUGUUGAAAAUCCAGUUUCUAAGACAACAUUUGAUGUUGCCUUAUUUGCGUCAGGCUCUUGGAAGAAGAUGAAAGGCUGCCAAAAUGCAGAAUCCAAAAAACCUCCAAAGACACAUAAACCAGUUUCAAAGGGCCAAGAUAAAAAGGAAUCAAGAGAUGAAGAAAGUGAAGAUUCCGAGAGUGAAGCAGAGCAAAUGGUUGAUGGGAUUUUGACAUCUGCUUCAAAGGAAACCUAUGAAAUUCCUUCUCAAGCAGAGCUUAUACAACGUGCUUUUGCUGGUGAUGACGUUGUUGAUGAAUUUGAGAAGGAUAAACAAGAGGUUCUAAAUCAGGAAGUUCCUGAACCGGAAAAACCAGUUCUAGUUCCUGGUUGGGGACAAUGGACCAAUAUCCAAAGAAAGAGAGGUUUACCUUCAUGGAUGGUUAGAGAACAUGAAGAUGCAAAGAAAAAGAGAAAACUAGAUCUCAAAACAAGGAAAGACUAUCGUCUCAGAAAUGUUAUCAUAUCAGAAAAAGCCGAUAAAAAGGCUGACAAACUUCAUACGACGACUCUACCUUUCCCAUAUACAUCUAAGGAAGUUUUCGAGCAUAGCAUGCGAAUGCCUAUAGGACCCGAGUUUAAUCCUGCGACUAUUGUUGGAGCUCUAAACCGACCCGAGGUUGUGAAGAAAGCUGGUGUGAUAAUUAAACCGGUCAAAUUUGAGGAAGUGAAUCCAAAUGAGAAAGUUGAUGAAGAAAACCCUCGAAGCCAUCAAAAACAAAGACCCAAAAAGGGUAGUAAAACCAGUAAAGGUCAAAGCAAAAUUAAGUCCAAGCUAAAGACUAAAGCUUAGCUCCCAAGAUUUUUGUUUUCUCAAACUUGUUUAGACACAAAUUUUGAUCCGAAAAGAAAAAGUUUUGCUUUGUAAUUUGUCUUAUUUAUUAAGAGACAUAUUGUUUGUUUCUUUCAGAGCUCUUCAAAUCCUUGUUCAUCUC